CGCAGGACGGUAAGGAUGGACAAGUCGGCGCUGCUUGGAAGUGUCUCGGUGGUGCUGGUGCUGCUGUUGGUGCAGAGCUGUUGCACCGUUCGGGCUCAGGUAGACGGUGACAACUAUCGGUUACCGAACAACAGCUAUCCGUUGCGUUACGACCUUGAGUUGACCACGUACGUGCACGAGGAUGGCAGCGAACGCCAGUUUCGAUUCGACGGAAAGGUCAAGAUCGAGCUAAUUGUGGAGGAUGAUCGCAACAGCAGUAUUACCGUGCACUACCGCCAGACGACCAUAACGCACGUCAAGUUGUGGUCCCUAUUCGCAAACGGUACCGAAAAUGUCCUGCUGGAUGACGACUCGAGCUUCACGUUGGACGGUCGCAGAGAAUUCCUGACCGUUACGCCUACGUCACUGCAAGUUGGAACGCUCUUCUUGGAGAUUGAAUACUACGGCGAACUACGCAAGGACAACGCCGGAUUCUACCGAUCAUCGUACGUGGAUGACACGGGCAGGACGCGAUGGCUAGCCACGACACAGUUUUCCUCCACAGACGCUCGCCACGCUUUUCCAUGUUACGAUGAACCCGGAAUACGGGCUCCCAUCGGACUGACUGUCAUUCACGGCGAGCAAUACAUGGUUCUGUCGAACAAUCUUCCCAAGGACUCAACGAAAGGCCCGCUGGAAGGGUAUCAGAGAACCGUUUUCGAAGAUACGCCCGUUAUGCAGCCGUACCUGCUGGGAAUCAUCGUGAGUGACUUCCAGGGCAUUCCGUCCGCGAUGGAUCCUCGCCAGAGCGUCUACGCGCGGUACAACGCGAUCCGGAACGGCGAGGCAAACUUCAUUCUCGAAGCGGGCACCAAAAUUCUCAACAUUCUGGAGCAGUAUCUGCAGACGCCGUUUGCGCUGCCCAAGAUCUAUCAGGUGGCAGUGCCGGACUUUGCCGCCGGAGCGAUGGAAAACUACGGAUUGGUAACGUACAAGGAGGAGAAAUUCUUCUACGACAGUCAGUCCAGCCCGAUGAAGCAGCAGCACGAGAUAGCUACCGUAGUGGGGCAUGAGUUUGGACACCAGUACUUCGGCAAUAUGGUUUCGCCAGCAUGGUGGAGCUACCUUUGGAUGAAGGAAGGGUUCGCUAGAUUUUUCGAAUAUUUCGCAGCUGACAUCGCGUACCCCGAGCUGAAGAUACGGGAGACCUAUACCGUUCAAAAACUGCAAAACGCCUUCGACCUGGAUUCGCUCGGAUCGUCCCGGCCAAUGACCUACUACGUCAACACGCAGACCGAAAUAGCAAACGUUUUCGAUAACAUUGCUUACGACAAAGGUGGAUCCAUAAUGCGAAUGUUCCAGCACGCUUUUGGGCCGGAUACUUUCCGGCAGGCGUUGAUCAACUACCUCCGAGAUAACGCAUUCAAAGGUGCGAAUCCGGAAAAUUUUGCAUGGGCCAUUCAACAAGCAAUCGAUGCUUCUCCAACGACGGCGCUCCCCCAAGGGGUCACUGCGUUCACUGUCCUCAAAUCCUGGACCGAACAAAGCGGUUAUCCAGUUCUGCACGUAUCAAGGGGAAACAAUCUGCAAGUCACACUAAGUCAAGAACGAUAUCUGCUCAAGACUGUUGAUGUGACCGGCUCGACCUGGAUUGUGCCGUACAACUUUGCUACGAGCAGAAAUCCAAACUUUGACACUACCACAGAUACACGAUGGCUGCUUACAAACUCGACGGUAUUGCCCCCGGAGGGAUGGUCAUCUGCCGAUUGGAUUAUCAUCAAUAAACAGCAAACUGGCUAUUACCGCGUGAACUAUGACGAACGCUUGUGGAACUUGAUAAUUAUGCAGCUUCAAAGGAAUUCUACGAUUAUCAACAACAUCAACAGAGCUCAGCUGAUUGACGACUCGCUGAACCUCGCUCGAUCGGGACGCUUGGGAUACGACAUUCCGCUCCGGUUGAUCGCAUCUUGUCUUGUCUCCGAGCGUAACUACGUACCAUGGGCAGCCGCCAACCAAAAUUUGGCAGUACUGGUACGACUUUUCUCGGGAUCUGCUCAGUUAGACUUGCUGAAGAAGUACUUAUUAGGAGCAAUCACACCCGCCUUCACCGACCUAGGUUUGAUCACACAACCCAGUGACGACCUUUUCACGCGACAGGCUAGAGAAAUUGUUGCAAAGUGGGCCUGUAUGAUGGGUUCCCAAGAAUGCUUGUAUAGAGCAGCCAACAUCGUUCAACAAUCCGUCGAACAGGAUCAAACCCAAGUUGACCCCGAUCUCCGCAGUGCAAUCUACUGUUAUGGAUUGAAGGAAGCGUCCAAGGAUGUAUUCCUUGCUGUCUGGACCAAGAUGCAAACCUCAAAGGACCAAUCACUCCGAUCGGAUCUUAUUUACGCCCUAGGAUGUGCAGAAAGCAAUGAGCUAAAGCAACUGUUCCUCAAUACUUCAAUCGCUGACGAGGCAAACGGACUCAACUAUUUUGGACAAGAACGGGAACGCAUCUUCUCGGCCAUUUACUCCAAUGGAAGAAAUGGAAUGCAGAUCGCGUUGAACUUUUUCAUGGAAAACUUCAGAAAGAUAAAUGAACUGUACAACAAGGGCAACUUUGGUGGACGUGCCAUAGGAAGUGCCAUAACUGGUAUGGCAAAAUACAUCGUCGAUAUCGAACUAAACGGUCACUUCCAGCAGCUGAUAGAAACUUUAAAGCAGGAAGGUUUGCUCCGUGACACCGAUAUCCUGAGAGCGCUGGAACAAUCGAGCGAAAAUCUGCAAUGGGUGCGUACCAAGGGUAAGGUCAUCGAGAAUUGGCUGCAAGCCUUAUAUCCAGCUCCCACUGAAGAACCUGAAACGACCACGACAACCGCCGCUCCAACAACCACCACAACUGUGCCCACAACAACAACCACGUCAUCAACAACAACAACAACAGUUCCACCAACAACAACAUCAACAACACCGCCAACGACAACAACGACUACAGCGGAACAAACUACCACGACAUCGUCCACGGAUGCUGAAUCUACUACCACAAAUUUCGUGGAUAGCACAACGGCAGAUGCAUUCGUUGGAACUACAACCGAGCAGCCAGGAGGGGCAAGUGCAGCUUUAAUAUCAGGAUGGUUGCUAACUUUAACAAUUGUAGUAGCUUUAGGCCGUGAUAUUCAACCUAACAAGAUGUGGAAGUACCUGCUCCUGGUAGCAGGACUCGCUUCGACCGUCUGGUCCGGAGUUCCCCUAUUGGAUCGUCGUGCUCCGACCGUGACCACCAAACAAGAGACGGAGCCGGAGACCGGAUAUCGACUGCCGAACACCACAGUUCCUCUGAAGUACAACAUCGAACUCACAACCCACGUCCACGACCACGGCAGUGCGGAACAGUUUGAUUUUGAGGGAAAAGUUAUCAUUUCGUUGCGUGUUGAAGAGGACAACGUGAGAAAUAUAACUCUUCACUAUCGCGAAAUCACGGUGACUCAUGUGAAACUCAGCGAAAGCGGAAGUCUCGUGCUGAUAGAUGAUGACUCUAGCUUUUCCACCGAUUCCACUUAUGAAUUUCUGGUUAUUGAACCAACAAGUGCUCUGAAAGUUGGUGUUUAUACGUUGGAAAUUCAAUAUAACGGCGUGCUGCGUACCGACAAUGGUGGAUUUUAUCGAUCAUCAUACACGGAUGCGUCCGGACGGACCAGAUGGAUCGCCACGACACAGUUCGAGUCAACAGAUGCGCGACAUGCAUUCCCGUGCUUCGAUGAACCCGGAAUUCGUGCUCCGAUUGGAUUGAAAAUUACCCACGGAAGCACCUAUCACGCCAUCUCAAAUAUGCCCAUCAAAUCUCAAGUAGAUAGUACUUUGCCAAAUUAUAAAAUUACUGAAUUCGAGGACACACUAUCCAUGCAGACAUAUCUGCUGGCAUUUGUCGUUUCCGAUUUUGAUUCAAUCUCGGACCAGGAAAACAACCAAUCCGUGUUUGCCGCUCCAAGUGCCAUCGCCAAUGGUGAUCUUCAGUUUGCCCUGGAGGCAGGUGUAAAGGUUAUCGGCGCAUUAGAGGACUAUCUGCAGGUCAAUUAUAGCUUCCCGAAACUCGACCAGAUUGGAAUUCCCGAUUUCGCAGCAGGAGCGAUGGAAAACUGGGGUCUGGUGACUUAUCGUGAGGAAAUUUUGCUCUAUAAUGCGACCAAUUCACCGAAAAGCCAGCUGAAACGAACCGCUUCCAUCAUCGCACACGAGUACGGUCAUCAGUUUUUUGGAAAUCUAGUAUCACCCGCAUGGUGGAGCUACCUGUGGCUAAACGAAGGAUUCGCUACUCUGAUGGAGUACUUGGCAUCGGACAAAGCUUACCCGGAGUUGCGGAUCCAAGAAAUGUUCAACAUUGAAGCGGUUCAAACUGCGUUCCAGUCGGAUGCCCUGGAGUCGACACGUCCCAUGAACAGUUAUGUCGAAACGCCCGCUGAAAUCUCGCAACUGUUUGAUGAUAUCGCGUACCAAAAGUCCGGAUCUGUAUUGCGCCAACUGCAACAUGCGGUCGGUGAUCGAACAUUCAGAAAUGGACUAAAGUACUACCUUGAGGCAAAACAAUUCCAAGCGGCAAUUCCAGCAGAUCUAGCCGCAGGUCUACAGAAAGCGGUCGACGAGGUUGACGAUGCGUUGCCGGGGGAUGUAAAGGUGAUCGAUAUCAUCAACUCAUGGGCUGAUCAAGAGGGAUAUCCGGUUGUACAUGUCAGUCGGAAUGAAGCAGGAGUUGUAAAGCUACACCAGGAACGCUAUCUUUUAAAGGCUUCUGAUGAAGAUACGAAAGCCACAUGGUACAUUCCAUACAACUUGGCUACUUACCAAGCUCCAAGUUUUACCUCGACCCGCGCGUUGGAUUGGCUCACCAAAGAAACGGCAGAGAUUCGCCCGACACCUUCCCUCAACUGGGACAAUAACGACUGGGUAAUCCUGAAUAUACAACAGACAGGAUAUUACCGAGUCAGUUACGACGACAGUCUUUGGGAACUCCUCAUUCAGGAGCUUAACAAUGGAGAAUACAGCACCAUCCAUCAUCUUAAUCGCGCCCAAUUGAUUGAUGACUCGCUUAACCUCGCGCGUUCCAGUCACAUCAAGUACGACGUAGCCUUUCGAUUGAUUCAAUAUCUCACCAAAGAAAGGGAAUACAUCCCAUGGGCUUCAACCAACAAUGGGUUGGCAUUCCUUAACCGAAUGCUAGCGGGAUCAUCCAAGUAUGACUUGUUCAAAAAGUUCGUUUGGGUGUUGGUUGAACCCGCGUUCCACCAUUUUACUGUGACCGACAAACCUUCUGAAUCGCACUUUGAAAAGCUCACACGUAACGUGGUAAUCAACUGGGCCUGCGCAGUUGAUGCGGAAGAAUGCCUCACUCAAACCAGCUCUCAAUUGGCGGAAGUUAUCUCCAACAAAACGGAUGACAUCAAUCCGAAUCUUAAGAGUGUGGUAUACUGCAACGGGUUGCGCAACGCCGAACGCAACUCAUUCCUAUUCAUUUGGGAUCGUAUGCAGCGAUCGCAGGAUCCGGCCGAACGUACGCUGAUAACAAAUGCCCUCGGUUGCUCGCAGGACGCUGAACUGCUGAACCUCUUCCUGGAGACUUCCCUCGAUGCCUCCGGCGAAACCAACUACCGUGGCCAGGAGAGGUCUCGUGUGUUUAGUUCCGUAUAUUCUGGCGGAAAGGUCGGUCUGGAGACGGCCAUGCGGUUCCUCGACAAAAAUGCAGCCGCAAUCGAUAAGAUGUACAACGGUGGAAGCUUCGGUGGUCGCGCCAUCGGUUCGGCCGUCACCGGCAUGGCACGCCGUAUCGUCAACAAAGAACAAGCUGAUGAGUUUGAAGUACUGAUUACAAAGCUGGCCGCGGGAAAUUAUCUCAACAGUGGUGAAGUUUCAACCGCCAAAGAGCUCAUACAGGAGAAUAUCUUGUGGACUACCAAAAAUUAUGACGUCAUCGAAAAUUGGCUCGAGACGAAUAUGAAAUCUGGCGCAAACAAACUCAGUAUUUUUGUUGUAACACUUGUUGCUUCAUUGCUUGUCUCUUUCUUCCGCUACCACAAAACACCUUUGCUGAACCAGUUCUCGCGCGAAUCAGGGAUGAUCAGGAUGAUCGCCCCAAAAUCGAUUUUACUGUGUGUAUUGGCUGUGGCCGGCGCCGCACUGGCGGCUGACCGUCCCUUGUCCAAAAGUGCUGACGUGGAUCCGCCGUUGCUGAUUGCGCCGGAAAUUGAAGCAUUCGGAGACGACACGGUUGUUCCGUUCCAAGAAAUCGAUGAAGCAUAUCGACUGCCAACAACUAUUACUCCAACCCGGUACGAUGUGCUUCUGCGAACUGAGGUCCACACUGGAGAUCGAGCAUUCGAAGGAACCGUAGAUAUCUAUUUCACCGUGCUGGAGGCGACCAACGAAAUUGUGAUCCACCAGCGUGACUUGGCGAUUCAAUCGUAUGUUUUGUACUCGGUUGGUGCGACCGAUGUUGAACUGGCCGCUCCGGAAAUGGCAUACAACGCCCUAUACAACAAAGUGACCUUCACCAGUGGAACACUACUGACGGCAGGUGAAAACUACAAGCUGGUUAUUAGAUUCAACGGAAAAUUGGCCAACGACGAGGAUGGUUUCUACAUUUCCUCCUACGUUGAUGACAACGGUGUGACGAAAUACCUGGCUACCACGCAGUUCGAAUCUACCAGUGCCCGUGAAGCUUUCCCGUGUUUCGAUGAACCUAAUCUUAAAGCACGAUUUACUAUUAAGAUAUUGCACCAUGGAUCUUAUUCGGCCCGAUCGAAUAUGGCUGUUGCAAAGGAAGAGGAUAUUGGAAAUGGUUACAAAAUUACCACGUUCGGAAUAACUCCACUGAUGUCAACGUAUCUGCUGGCCUUCGUAGUGUCCGACUUUGAAAGCAUUGGAACCGAUACGCAAAGAGUCUACGUCCGUUCGAAUGCUCUCGACGAAGCAACGUUUGCACAAGAAGCUGGCGAAAAGAUUCUUGCUGCCCUCGACGCCCAUCUUAAGAUGAAGUACAGCGAGCAGAUGCCGGAAAUGAAGCAGUUUGCGAUUCCAGACUUUGCAGCCGGAGCCAUGGAAAACUGGGGAUUGGUUACGUACAGGGAACAGUAUCUAUUGUUUAAUCCUGCCCUGAGCACUUAUCGCACUAAAACCAAUAUUGCCACAAUCAUUGCGCACGAGUACGCCCAUCAAUGGUUCGGCAAUCUUGUCAGCCCCGAAUGGUGGGAAUACAUCUGGCUGAACGAAGGAUUUGCUACGCUGUACGAGUACCUUGCAACGCAUGAGGCCUACCCCAACAUGGAGUAUUGGGAACUGUUCAACCUGCAGGUCAUCCAAGCCGCCAUGGUCCCGGAUGGUUUGGAAAGCACCCGCCCAAUGACCUGGAACGCCGAUUCCCCACAGAGCAUCUCUCGUUUGUUUGAUCGUGUCGCUUAUCCUAAAUCCGGUAGCGUGUUGAACAUGAUGCGUAACAUUGUUGGCGACGAAAACUGGGCAACUGGUCUGAGACUUUAUCUGCAGGCCCGCCAAUACAAAGGAGCCAACGUUGAACAUUUGCACGAAGGACUGCAGGCUGCUAUUGAAGGCAAAAAUAUCCUCCCUGAUGGAAUGACCAUCAAGCAAGUUAUGGACAGCUGGACGACGGAGAAGGGAUAUCCAGUGCUGAAUGUUCGUCGUUCUUACGACACCGGAGACGUGAUUAUCUCUCAGGAACGUUUCAUCUCCGAUCGGAAGGUACCAAACACCAACGUGUGGAUGCUUCCGUACAACUACGUGAACCAGUCUGUAGCAGAUUUCCAUGACACGAACACCUACAGCUGGUUGACGACUAAGGCCGCCAGAAUCAGCACCGAUGUUCCGGACCAUCUGUGGAUCAUUUUCAACAUCCAGCAGGUCGGUUUCUAUCGUGUCAAUUAUGACGAACGCAAUUGGGAACUCAUCACCAACUCUUUGAUCACGAACUGGGCAAGCGUAAACCGACUGAACCGCGCUCAGCUCAUCGACGACGCUUUCUGGCUGGCCCGCUCUGAAAGGCUAGACUUUGAAAUUUUCAUGAAGCUGCUGACUUAUCUGAAGGAUGAGAGGGAAUACGCUCCGUGGACGGCCGCAAGCAAUGCGUUGUCUUACUUCAACGGAAAAUUGCGAGGAACAAACGAAUAUCAUGACUUCCUGGUUAUGGUACACCGUUUAAUCAAAUACGUUUAUUCUACGCUUUCCGUGGCUACCGUGUCAGAAACCGAGUCCAUGCUGCACAAAUACCUGAAGCAAACAAUCACCAACUGGGCUUGCAUCGUUGGAGAUUUGGAAUGUUUGAGGCUCACCAAAGAAGCUCUCGAAAACGAAGCCCUCAACGGUGUCAUGGUUCAUCCAGACGUGUCCAGUGUUGUGUACUGCCACGGUCUGCGUGACGCGGACGAAAACGUUUUCGUGUAUCUCUACAACCGCAUCUACAAAACGCAAAACUGGGCCUUCCGUAUGCAGAUCAUCGAUGCGUUGGGAUGCUCGCGAAACCAGAAGUUCCUGGUUGAUUUCCUGCACACGGCGCUCGGAAGUGGUUCCGAGAUCAACUACAAGUCCAGCGAGCGCACCCGGAUCAUCCAGUCUGUUUACUCUGGAAGUCGCGUCGGCGUUGAUGCGUUGAUCGAGUUCCUUUCAAACACCAACAAUGUUAAUGAUUUCGCUCUUCGUCUGGGCAUCAACACGCUCAACAGUGCCAUCGCCAACAUUGCCUCUCGCACCAACAAUGCAGAAGAGCUGGAAAAGCUCGACAACCUGCUCACCAGCUUGGGAUCGCACAUUACUCCGGCUACUGCCAGUGCUGCCCGUGCCACCGUUCAGGCCAACCUCGACUGGCAGCAGAGCCACGAAGGCUUGCUUACGAAGACCUUCAUCGCGGACUAUGUCAAUACCGUAGAGCCGGAAACGACGACCCAGGGAACCGAAACUACUACCCUACCCUCACCAGUCACGACCACAACUGCGGCACCCGCCCCAGGAGAAACGACCACAACGCCAUCGGGUGGUUCCACCACAACCCUUGCUCCCACCACGACCACCGAAGAUCCGGACGGUGCAGCGACCAUUGCGGUUUCUCUUACGCUGCUUAUCAGUGCCGUAAUCGUAACCCUAAUCAAUUAAGAUAUUGUUCUAUCCCCAAGUGAUCAAUCAGUAAAUUGUAAAGUCGAAAACUGA